CUCUGGAGUAAGUAGAAAUUUGUUCACUCGAUCAAGGACAGCAAUAUCUUCUUUACCCUCGAUGUCCCCAAGACCAGUGAGGCUAACCUGCAAUAUGAGGAUUGUCAGAUUCAGUGAUCGUUGACGAUAUAGAACUACCCCAGAAAUUAAUGCAAGGUCUCAUCUUAUAAUACCAAGCAGUAUUGCAUCAACUAGGGGUUUUCCAGUCGAAAAAGAGUAGAGUUGAAACACUGGACUCAUAAUUUCCUCAUCACUCUGGAAAACACAGUCAUAUAUAAAUUUACCGACAAGAAAUCAACAAAAAAACAUGGCAAGCAGACGUAUCUCUUCACAGCCUGAGCUUCGCCGCUACAGUAUCUACCCGGACCGACAGGUUCACUUCAACGAGGCCAUGGAGGUGGACGAGUACACGACCUCCAACUGGCAGCAGUCUGAGAGCAGUUUAAACAGUCCCACGUUUUCCUACACCGACUACAGUUUAAGUCCCGAACCAUACCAGAGAAAGUAUUCUACAGCUCUCAAAGUACUCAAACCAUUUCGACCCCGAUCCAAGGAUGGUAAAAUGCCAAUAAACAAGUUGGGUUUUUUCUCGUAUGUAUUUCUGACAUGGAUGUCUUCACUUAUCUGGAAGACCUACCGUCAUCGGGAAGAAGCACUGAAGGAAGAAGACAUCUGGGCAUGCUCAAACCUGGAGGACGCCAACCUUAAUACAGAGAGACUCACUAGAAUAUGGAAGGAAGAGGUACAGAAAAGAGGUCCCGAGAAAGCCUCAUUUUUCAGAGUCUGGCUUAAGUUCGCCUGGACUCGUAUCUUGGUCACAUUAGUCAUAAUUGCCUUAAAUGCCGUGUCAACCUUUCUGGAAUCGGGAUACCUGCUGAAUCUUAUCGUCCAAUAUUUAGAGUCCGAAGAAACAGACCUUUGGUAUGGGAUAGGAUUGGUGGCUAGUGUAGCUGUUUGCCAGUUAGUCCGGGCGACUUCGUUUUGUGUUAUUAUCAUGUUCGGUGUCCAAACAGGCGUGCGCUUCAGAGCUGGUUUGUUGGGAUUAGCUUAUGAUAAAAUGUUGAGACUGAAAUCUGUUCGAGGCAAACAACUAUCAGAGCUAAUCACUAUAUUUGGUGCUGAUGCUUACCGCGUAUUCCUUAACAACGUGACCUUUGCAUACUUGUUGGCUCUUCCGAUAUAUGUAGUCAUAGGCACCAUCUACACGUAUUAUUUGUUAGGACCAUGGUGUUUUACUGCGAUCGGAAUAUUUAUCUUCUGUUAUCUUGUCCAGGCCAGGUUGACCACAGUUGUUGCAAAACUGCGAGCGAAAACUUUAAAGUUUACAGACAAAAGGGUUCGAAAAAUGACAGAGUUAAUCAACAGUAUGAAACUGAUAAAAAUGUAUGCAUGGGAAAGGCCAUUUAAAGCUGCCAUUCAAGAAAUACGAAAAAGUGAAAAGAAGUAUCUGUUUCUGUCCUCCAUUUUGAAUUCCAUCAGCACAGCUGUCAUCCCAGUCACCCCGACGCUUUCUUCUGUUGCCACCAUUGCUGCUUACAGAGCCGCAGGAAAUGAGCUUUCUGCUUCAACGGCUUUUGCUGUUGUUGGAACUCUGAGCUUUUUACGCGUGAUUGUGGCCUUUAUACCUUUUGCUACAAGGACGCUUGGAGAAUCCAAAGUCAGCUUUGCAAGGAUGAAGCGCCUUUUGAAUGCAGAUGAGUACGAGGCACCUUCAGACAAAUGUACCGAUCCGUCCCUGGCUGUAGAAAUCACCGAGGCCACCUUUGUGUGGGAUUCAGCAGAGACAAAUGACGAGAGCAAAAAGAAACACAAGAAACAAAAGAAAGAAAUUAUUUCUUCUGCAGAAGGGACACCUACAGCGAACCAACGUAGAGAAACUAUUCAUAUUCAGAAUAUGACUUUCAAAAGCAAAAAGGGUCAGUUAAUUGGAAUCUGCGGACCAGUAGGAUGUGGGAAAUCCGCUUUUAUUUCAUCAAUUAUGGGAAGAAUAUCUAUGAUCUCGGGGCAUCUUGCUGUCAAUGGUUCUGUUGCAUACGCCGCUCAACAAGCCUGGAUAUUUAAUGGUACCCUGCGAGAUAAUAUUUUGUUUGGAAAACCCUACGACCAAGAGAGGUACCAAAAUGUCCUGUUUGUCUGUGGGCUUCAACCAGAUCUUCUUCUUUUGGCAAAUGGCGACGAAACAGAGAUAGGAGACAGAGGCACAAAUCUCAGUGGGGGGCAAAAACAGAGAGUUAGUCUUGCACGCGCAGUCUACAGUGACAGCGAUAUUUACCUGUUGGAUGAUGUCUUGUCGGCUGUAGAUGUUCAUGUGGGACGUCACCUUUUCCACAAUUGUAUAAAGAAAUUUUUAGGCGGAAAAACUGUUAUCUUUACAACACAUCAGCUUCAAUAUCUAAAACACUGUGAUGAGAUUCUGGUCAUGCAGAAUGGCGUGUUUGUGGAGCGCGGGAAACAUGACGCCCUCAUAUCUUCUGCUGGAUAUUACGAUUCAAUGAUGAAGCAGUUCCACCAAGUAACUGAUAACCCCUCACGAGCAGCCCCCCCUGACAACAUUAAAGAGCGGAUUAUAGAUGACGAAGACCAAGGGUCUACACCACAGAGAAAGCAAGAGAAUGGUGUGCAGAAUGGAACGACUGACAAGAAACCAGAAGUAGGAAAGCUCCACAAAGAAGCAUCAAAUAAAGGAAAGUUGACACAAGUAGAGGAAAUGCAGGUUGGAGAUAUAACAUGGGGGACAUACUACUCCUACAUCAGCGCCAUGGGAGGGAUUUGUGUGGCCUUGUUUGUUGUUUGCUGGAGUACUCUAACAUCUGCUUCCGUUGUGUUUAGUGAUUGGUGGCUAAGUAUAUGGAUCAACACAUUUUAUACGAGCAGUUCCAUGGAUUCUUCAAACUCAACCACAGUCCAGAAUGUGUCUUUGCCAUUAAAUUCUACUGACCAUUUAAUAACCAGUGAAAAUCCAAUUUUCAAUUCCACUGUUACGGACGUUUCUGACUCGUCCACGGAACUGGAUUUUUAUCUGACAGUAUAUGUAUCAUCCAUGGGGCUGAUCAUUGUGAUGAUGGUUGCCAAAGGGUUCAUUGGAGCCACGUAUUAUGUUCGAGCAGCUUGUAGACUGCAUGACAAAGUUUUGUCAAAUGUGAUGAAAGCUCCGAUGCGAUUUUUUGACGCAAAUCCACCGGGAAGAAUUUUGAACCGCUUCUCAAAAGACUUGGAUGAAGCUGACGUUUUCCUGCCACAGCUUCAGGACACCUUGUUCCAAGUCUCCACGUCUAUUCUAGUCUCUCUGGUCUCCGCCGUUGUUAUUAUGCCGUGGAUAGGGAUUGCUAUUGUACCAGUAGCCAUCUUCUUUUACAUCUUUAAAGUCGUUUCAUCCGUCUCAGUUCGUCAAUUCAAACGUUUUGAAAACAUAACCCGGUCGCCAUUACUUAGUCACGUGAGCACCUCAGCACAAGGUCUGAGCACCAUCGUCUCCUUCCAACAACAAAACAAUUGCAUAAAAAGUAUCCGAACCUUCACCGAUGUCUCUACGGUUGCCACGUUUUUGAUGGAGACUGCGAUGCGCUGGAUUGGAUUGCGGCUUGACCUCGCAGCGUCUUGUAUCACUAUCACCACGGCUUUAUCGCUGAUUCUCACCAAAGAAUCCACGGACGCUUCUCAGGCCGCCCUAGCACUGACACAAUGCAUUAGGGUUGUAUCGAUAAUGCAGUUCAUGAUUAGAGUUCUUAACGAGGUAGAGGCCAGAUUUACAUCAAUUGAACGUCUUCACCAAUAUGAGAAAUUGGAAUCCGAGAGUCAGACUUUUAUCGACACACCUGCCGAAACCUGGCCAAAUGAAGGGCGGAUUAUUUUCUCUAACGUUCAGAUGAAAUAUCGCGAUGACAUGGACCCUGUACUUAAUGAAAUUAGAUUCGAUAUUCAUCCGCGUCAGAAAGUUGGAAUAGUUGGUCGAACUGGAGCAGGCAAGUCUUCGCUAGCAGCUGCAUUAUUUCGCUUAAACGAACUGUCCAGUGGUCACAUAUACAUAGACGGUGUAGACGUUGCCAAAGUAUCUCUACAGCUCCUUCGAUCCAAGCUUUCUACCAUACCACAGGACCCUGUGUUGUUCGCUGGUACCAUGCGAUAUAACUUAGAUCCUUUUGGCCAAUACACCGAUGACGUCAUGUGGGCGGCCUUGGAGGAUGUCCAUAUGAAAGAUAAGGUGAAACAAUUUGAUAACGAGUUGGAUUUUAUGAUAGAAGAAAAUGGAGAGAAUUUCUCAGUAGGAGAACGCCAGUUGAUAUGUUUAGCUAGGGCCAUCUUACGGAGAAACAAGAUUCUGCUUUUGGAUGAGGCCACGGCUUCCAUAGAUACGGCAACAGACGCCAAAAUCCAGCAGACGAUACGAGAGAGUUUUGCCGACUGCACGGUUCUCACCAUCGCUCACCGCCUCAACACGGUCCUACAUUGUGAUCUCAUCAUUAUCAUGGACGCCGGACGGGUAAUGGAGAUGGGUUCCCCACAGGAUUUGUUGUCGGACCCGAACUCUUACUUCAACACCAUGCUGUCGGCACAAACUGUCAAGACACCGUCACCAUGAGGUCAUCGUGUUGUGGUUCAUAUGACUCUUACUAUGUAAUUAAUAAAAUAUUGUCAAAAAACC